UAAUAAUACAUGGACUUCAGAUCUGAGUCCUCUAGCUUGAACAGUGAAUGCUCAUGAUUUUUGUGGAGAAGUCCUUGGUUCAACCCCUGCUGACCACCCAGGGUGAGCAGUUAUACUUACAAUCUAAUUUGGAGGUUCAACAGGAAAAAAAUCUUAAGGCUGCAAAGUGAGGCACUCAACAGUCAGGAAAUGCCAUUUAAAAGUGCUCUGAAUGGCCUAGGAUUCAGCUUCUUCAGGUACCUGUUUCAAGUGUUCUGUUCUGGUGGGUCAGGAUGUUCUUGAUCUUUGUCCCCAGUGUUAAGCUCCUGGGUGCAGACAGCAAGGCGUCCUUGGUAAAUUAACCUUGGUUCUGGAAAUCUUCUCCCUCUUGCAGUCCACCAGCACUGGAGUUUGGUGACCUGGGGAUUCGAUGCAAAACACAUACUGUCCUUUUCUUAAUUCAGGGGGAGGAGGGCAGGACAGCGAUAUAGGACCUGUUGCCUCUUUUUGACUCGAGUCAAAAUUUGGGGCUCUGGGGAUGUUCCAAUGGGGAGUAGAAAUUGGUGAUAAGAAUUUCUUUGAUGCAGUUUUGUUUAUUUACAAAGAACAUGCAAACUUCUGUGUCUCUGAAUGCAGAAGGAAUCAAAUAGUAGGAAACCACUUCUUUGGCUCACAGCACCAAGAACACUCUUUUCAGCCUGCACCUCUGACCAAAAAAUCUCUACUCAGGUUUCUUCCAGGUCAGAUACCUAUCUAUCUCAGCUUCUGUGUGUUCUUCCCUCUCACAUACAUCCAUGCCACUGAACAUAAACAUUACAUAGCAAAAAUUCCUGGAUGUAUUCACAUAUUCCUUUUGUUUUAGGUGAGGUUUAUCUUUACAGUAUGUUAACUGAAGGGUGCAGUCAGACCUAUUAAUCUCAAUGAGGUUUUAACUCCACCCAUAACAAGAUUUCACCCAGCUCCUAACAGAUCCAUUCUUGCUGCCAUUGAAAUAAAUAGUAAAGUGUGCAGUGACUUCAGUGGAAAUAGGAUUAGGUCAUUCAUUACUCAGCUGAUGGAGGUGGUAGAAGGAGAGAUGGGUUUGAUCAGUGCCAACUGUUGGUAACAGUCUGCUUAAAUGUUUGUAAUAUGAACCCAGAUAUAAUGCUGUGGACACAAUGUGCAUUUUAUAACAAAUUAAUGAACAGUAAAAUAAAAAACUUCUCAGAUGGACAAGAUGCCAUGUUCUAAUCUCAUGAAACUCUAAACGCUACCAAGAUGAUAUUUUCCACUCAAAGCUGCCAUGCUAACAAUUUGUAAUCUAUUUUGUUAGCCUGGGGCAAGUUGUGUGUGAGAGUUUAAGAAUAUUUAAAAAGCAGUUUGAAAAGAAACGCAGAAUCCCCUUUUUGUAGGUAUCUCCGAGGACUUCUUGAUUUAAAAUGGAUUACAGAAAGAAUGGAAUACAUCCUAAAUGUAUUAUAGUGCUUAACUCUCUCUCUGUCUGUAUGUGUCUACAAGGAAAUAAUCCCUCAGAUAAAUUGUAGAAAGCAUCCCAAUAAUAUUGGAACAUUGGAAAAUAUACCUCUGAAAAGAUCACUAUUUGUGCCUGAAAAGGGGAACAGUAUAUUUGCUUUUGAAUAUUAACAUGCGAUAGACAUGUCUGCUCUGCUAAGUGUGUAAUCAGAGAUUUUACUCGGUCUAAUAAAACAAUUAGAAAUGACAUGUCUUUGGGUGUCUUAACAUGCUCACUCUGCAAUAUAGUAACAGAGAGAGAUCUGAUGACUAUAUCAUUGUACCUCAACAAAAGCCCAGUGUUAUACCGAUUAUUGUAUUAUCUCUGAUAUUUACAUGGCAAGCAUCUGUCAACCUCUUAAAACUCCCCAAACAAAUAGAAACUGUAAUGGGACUCAAGAAGGAAACUUACGAAACAUCUGGGCUGUUCCCUUUACUUUGCCCUAUCCUGCUCCCCUUCAAGUCAAUAGCAAAAACUCCCUGGGCUUCCCUGAGCAGCCAGAGGUAACAGUUCCUGCUGUCCCAGAGGUAAGCGAACGAAUGGAGAGACGUGCAGGCUACUUCCAGCCGAGACUCCAUCCCCUCCGCCAGAGAGGGGACACAUCAGAGAUUUCUGAUGAGGAGCAAAACCGAACAGGAACGAACUAUUCAUCCUCUCACCGAGGAAAUAACUCACUUCUGGGAACUAACAGCUCCCUUCAGCAGGUGGUAAAGCUAUCAGCCUGGUUCCCCGUGCUACAGCCGUUUCCUUCUAAUCUUGCACGCAGCCGGGCGCCUGCAUUGCCCAGCUUCGCGUUAUUUCCCUUUAAGCUGGUGUCAGGUACUGCGAAGAGGGAGAGCGGGGGGAGGAGAUGGCUGGAGGGUUUCACCACAGGCUCACGCAAUGCAAACUCCGCACGCAACUGGGAGGCGACAGGCAGAGGAGGGGGAAAGUUUCCAACUUCAUAAACCCUGAAGAUGAAGAUUUUCCCUCCUGCCACAGAAGUCCGCGAUCUCACAGCCCCGCCAGCCGUUCAACUGGAACCGCUUUGCUAAACGUUCACCAAAAGGCAGGAAACCUCCAAGGCUCAGCCAGUCCAGAUGGGUUGGGGCCAAAGGCAAUUGACACAGAACCGGCUCCAGUAGGAAAGAACCGGGCGGCUGCGAUUUGUCUAUACCAGGCAAUUCGGGAAGGGCUAACUGCGGGCUGGCAGCUGCAGCUGCUGGUGGAAUUGAAGCCAGGAGAGCCAGUGCCAAGAGGCUGCCCAGCCGGGCUCCGGCUCAACUCAGGGAAACUAAACUGUCCUGUAAGUCGCUCCUUUUCUCCAGUAGGUUUUGGUUGCCCCAUCACCCGGGUUGUGUGCGGGGAUCACACCUGGGUGAUGUCUAUUUAGUCUGAACGAGGCAGGCUGUUGUAGUGCGAGCUCUGAAGGGUUAACACGCUUGGAAGGUUAGAACAACGCACGAUGCGGGAUCGGGUGCAAUUGGCAUUUGCCUGCACAUGACCUGCCAAGCUCCGGGUGACAAGAACCUGGGCUUCUAAUGAGUUUCCCACAGUCUGGGAUCCGAACUUCAUUGCUGCGCUGCGUGCUGAGUUUUCUGCUGGGGCUGCCCAGUUGCACGGAUCACAGCUGCUGCGGGCUAUCCGGAUCCUCCCACUGGAGCCCAGAAAUCUCGGAUGGAAGCAUUUUUCAGCAGCAUGGCUCUCCGGCGGCUGGGAGAGGCGCUCUCCAGCAUCCCGCCCCUGCAGAGCGCCCUGCUGCUGCUCCUCUCCCUGCUCGCCGCCAUCCACCUGGCGAAGCUCCUCCUGCGGCAGCGGCGCCUGGAGCCCCCGGGCCCUUUCCCGUGGCCCCUGAUCGGCAACGCGGCUCAGCUGGGCAGCGCCCCGCACCUCACCUUCGCCCGCUUGGCCCGCACCUACGGCGACGUGUUCCAGCUGCGCCUGGGCAGCCGGCCAGUGGUGGUGCUGAACGGCGAGCGCGCCAUCCGCGGGGCGCUCAUCCGCCAGGGGGCCGCCUUCGCCGGCCGGCCGCGCUUCCCCUCCUUCCAGCUGGUGUCCGGGGGCCGCAGCCUGGCCUUCGGCGGCUACUCCGAGCUGUGGAAGCUGCAGCGCCGGCUGGCUCACUCCACCGUGCGGGCCUUCUCCACCGGCAGCCCGGCCCCGCGCCGCCUGCUGGAGCAGCACCUGCUGGGCGAGGCGCGGGCGCUGGUGGCGCUGCUGGUGCGGGGCAGCGCGGGCGGCGCCUUCCUGGACCCCUCGCGCAGCCUGGUGGUGGCCGUGGCCAACGUGAUGAGCGCCCUGUGCUUCGGCCGCCGCUACAGCCACGGCGACGCCGAGUUCCUGCGCCUGGUGGGCCGCAACGAGCAGUUCGGCCGCACGGUGGGGGCCGGCAGCCUGGUGGACGCGCUGCCGUGGCUCCAGCGCUUCCCCAACCCGGUGCGCGCCGCCUACCGCGCCUUCCGCCAGCUCAACCGCGACUUCUACGGCUUCGUGCGGGGCAAGUUCCUGCAGCACCGCGGCAGCCUGCGCCCCGGCGCCGCCCCCCGCGACCUGCUGGACGCCUUCAUCCGCCUGCAGCUGGCCCAGCCCCAGCUGCCGCUGGAGCACGUGCCCGCCACCGUCACCGACAUCUUCGGGGCCAGCCAGGACACCCUCUCCACGGCCAUGCAGUGGCUCGUCAUCUUCCUCAUCCGAUAUCCAAAGGUGCAGGUUAAAAUGCAAGAAGAAGUGGAUAGGAUUGUUGGUAGAGAUCGCUUGCCCUGUGCAGAAGAUCAACCUCAUUUGCCCUAUGUUAUGGCUUUCCUUUAUGAAUCCAUGCGUUUCAGCAGCUUUGUGCCAGUCACUAUUCCACAUGCCACCACAGUCGACACCUCCAUAAUGGGCUACUUCAUUCCUAAAGAUACGGUCAUAUUUAUCAAUCAAUGGUCAGUGAAUCAUGACCCAGAAAAAUGGUCCAACCCAGAGGAUUUUGAUCCAACAAGAUUCCUGGAUGAGAAUGGAUUCAUUAACAAAGAUCUUACUAGCAAUGUGAUGAUUUUCUCAUUGGGUAAACGUAGGUGCAUUGGAGAGGAGUUAUCCAAGAUGCAGCUCUUUCUCUUUACCUCCAUACUGGUACACCAGUGCAAUUUUAUUGCUAAUCCAAAUGAGGACUCUAAAAUGGACUUCACCUAUGGGUUGACCAUUAAACCUAAGCCAUUUACAGUUAAUGUCACUCUUAGGGAAACUAUGGAUUUGCUAGAUAAAGCUGUCCAAAGAUUGCAAGCAGAGAAAUCAGCAAAUCUAGGAACACUGAUGUUUGAAUAAAAUAUAUAAGGAUGCUCCUGCCUCUCUCUUUUUAGACUUAAAAUAAAGUAAAUAAUAAUAUGCUCCACUGAUGAGCUCUUUUUAAUAUACCAAGUACCACAAAACACUGGGGAAUGGAAUUGCCCAAGCAUUAAGCAAGUCCUCUUUUUUUAAUUCGAGAGAGCGUGCAUCACAGGAGCCUUAUAUAUAUAUUAAGUACUGAAAUACAGGCAAAAAAUGUGAUUUAAAAGUAAAUUUGUUUUUGGGUAAUAGGCAGAAGAAAACACAGUUAUUUUGACACCCUCCUCAUUAACUGCCUGGCUGGAGUGUCCCAGCCACUCCUUGGGGGGGAGGGAUAGCUCAGUGGUUUGAGCAUUAGCCUGCUAAACCCAGGGUUGUGAGCUCAAUCCU